AUGGCCGACCCCGCUGCGACGCUGCCCGCCACGAACGGCCAGGCCGCCCUCGCUGCGCCCGAUGCCGCCGGCGAGCUCGCCGCGUCCAUGGCCCAGGCCGCGACCGUGUCCGCAGAUGAGAUUGCCCUCUACGACCGACAGAUCCGCCUCUGGGGCCUCGAGGCGCAGAACAGGAUCCGCAACGCCAACAUCCUCCUCGUGAACAUCAAGGCCCUCGCCAACGAGAUCGCGAAGAACCUGGUGCUGGCAGGCAUAGGCUCCAUUACACUCGCCGACCACGGGGUAGUCGCCCAGGAGGACCUCGGCGCCCAGUUCUUCGUCACCGAAGCCGACGUGGGCAGCAACCGCGCCCAAGCAGCGGCUCCCCAAGUCCAGAAACUCAACCCCCGCGUCAAGGUCAACGUGCUCACCCACGACGUGUCCAAGGAGACCGACACUAGCUUCUUUGUGCCUUUUGACUUGAUCAUUGCCACUGACCUCGACUUCAUCGGCCUCACCAACAUCAACAGCUGCGCAAGAAUCGCCAACCGCCCUUUCUACGCAGGAGGCACCCAUGGCAUGUACGGAUACAUCUUCGCAGACCUGGGCCAGCACGACUUCGUCAUCGAGCGCGAGGUGUCCAGGAAGACGGAGCUCAAAGCCGAAUCAGCGACACGGUCCGUAACCGCCGUCCGCUUCAAGAAGGAGAACGGCAAGAACAUCGAGCUCGUCACAAAGCGCGAGCUGUACACCCCGCUGCUGCUGUCCAACACCUCGCCUCUUGCCCCGGAGCUGCAGGGAAACACCCGCAAGCUGAAGAAGGUCCAUCCUCUGCUUACCUGCAUCCGCACGCUUUGGGAGUGGCAGCGACAAGGCAACGGCAGUCCACUCGCCGCGCUGCCGGCCUUCACCGCCUCCGCCAUGGACCGACACAAGGAGCUCACCCUGCCAGCCGAGACGCUCACCGGCGACUUUUUGCGCGACUUCCUCAGCAACCUGGACUGCGAGAUUGCACCGGUCACGGCCUACCUCGGCGGACAGCUGGCUCAGGAUGUCAUCAAUGUUCUCGGCAAGCGAGAGCAGCCCAUCCAGAACCUCAUGCUGUUCGACGGCGAGGAUAGCUCGGGACCAGUGUAUGCCCUCCACCCCAUCUUCGUGAAUGACCCUGUGCCACCGAUUGUGCCCCUGCCUGUCGACGCGCCCAUCGUGUUGGCUUGA